AGCGGGCGGCGGGGCGAGCACACAUCCCGCACGUAGCCGGCGCAUUAAUCAGCGCGGGGCCAUCUGCCGCCGCCGUCCAUAAAUCGGGCGGGGCUCCCGCGCGGCCCUGGGGGUCCCGGCGCUGCGCGGGCGGCGGCAUCAGGAGCGGUAUCAGGAACGGCAGCAGCAGCAGCAGCAGCUGCUGCAGCAGCAGCAGCGCGGGGUUCUGGCGGCACCGCCGCCCUCAGCAGCGCCGGGCCGGGGAGCCCAGCCCGCCGCGGCGAAAGUUUUGCCUCACCUGGCCCCGCGCGGCGGCGGAGCCCCUGCCCGGCUCGGCCUGGAGCCGGCGGGCAUCGCCUCCCGACGCGGGCGCCGGCGGGGCAGCGGUGCGGCCGUCCCCGCCGCGCCAUGCCGCUGGGGCACAUCAUGAGGCUGGACCUGGAGAGAAUCGCCCUGGAGUACGUGGUGCCCUGCUUGCACGACAUCGGCUUCUGCUACCUGGACAACUUCCUGGGGGAGGUGGUGGGGGACUGCGUGCUGGAGCGGGUGAAGCGGAUGCACCGCGACGGGGAGCUGGCCGACGGGCAGCUGGCCGGCCCCAGCCGCGGCGUCGCCAAGCGGCACCUCCGCGGCGACCAGAUCAAGUGGAUCGGGGGCACAGAGGAGGGCUGCGAGGCCAUCAACUUCCUUCUCACGCUGAUAGACCGGCUGGUGAUGUACUGCGGGAGCCGGCUCGGCAAGUACUACGUGAAGGAGCGAUCCAAGGCUAUGGUUGCUUGCUAUCCCGGAAAUGGAACUGGGUAUGUUCGUCAUGUGGACAAUCCAAAUGGCGAUGGGCGUUGCAUCACCUGUAUUUAUUACCUGAAUAAGAACUGGGACUCCAAGCUGCAUGGUGGAAUACUUCGGAUAUUCCCAGAAGGAAAGUCCUAUGUAGCAGAUGUUGAGCCAAUUUUUGACCGAUUACUUUUUUUUUGGUCAGAUCGAAGGAACCCACAUGAAGUCCAGCCUUCUUAUGCAACCAGAUAUGCCAUGACUGUGUGGUAUUUUGAUGCUGAAGAAAGAGCAGAAGCCAAAAAAAAGUUCAGGAACUUAACUGAUGCAAGGAAGAAAGAAGCGCCUCUUAAUGAAGACUAAUCAACAGUUCCUGAGCUCUUCGUGAGGAAUUAAGAUCCCAAAGAUGACUUCCGUUUCCAGCAAACAUGGGCAAAUUCUUGUUAUACACAAGAAUGUGCUGGUUGUGUCUAGCAUGUGCAUUUUAUAUUGAUGGUACUUAAGGCAGCCUCCUGUCAUGCGUGCAUCUGGCAGAAGAAAAACUUGGUUUUGAUUUGCCUUUUGCUGGAAAAAGUUACCAGGGUUUAAAAAAAAAAAAAAGAAGGGGGGGGUUUCACUAAGCCUAGUGGUAGUGGCUCAGCCAACUGGCUUUUGAUCUCUCUCGUAACCAAGAUAACGAUCAUUGGAACUAGUGGUAAAAACCUGAGUCUUAUUUGCACUUUAUGGGGGAAAAAUAAUCUAGCUCAAUGGGAGGGAGUUUUACAAGUUUAGAAUUUGUGGCAGACUGCUAAUGGGCAAGGAGAGGUAUUGGCAAUGUGAAAUUAAACUGGAUUGUUGUAGAGUGUUUUCUUAUGGUCUGUCCCACAUGGGCCUGUCAAUGUACUGUUCAUCACUCUGCUGCACAGAACAUUGGCUCAGCUCUUCAAUACCACGACUUUCCAAACAGAUUUUUGUCUACACAGUCAUUGCAUUUCCUGGAGACUGUCUGCUUUUCAAGAGUCAAGUCCUAGCUGUGCAGUUGCACUGCCCUUUCUGUCCCAGGACCGAGGGAGAAGUAGUUGUGUAUUUGUCCACAACUUUGUUAAACCAUUUCCUUUCUGUUCUGAGCAGGAUGGGCUGUACUUUUUCUAUUUUCAUGGUUUUGUAAAGCAGCUGUUUUCUCCCAAAAGUUUGGUAAACUUGGAAGGCUGGUGGCACACAAUGCCUUGGCACUAAAGGCCAACACAACGGUAAAGUUAAGUGUUCCUUUUGUGACUUGUCCAUCUGUUUUGUAUGACACAGAUAUGAAUCUGAAAGGAAAAGAUAUGUCUGGCAGUCUGACAAAUGUAUGAUAAAUAAUGGGUAACUCUGACUUGAUUUCUAUUCUGGUUAUCCUUAGUUAACACACUCAUUUAACUUUGCACACAUAUGUAAUUUGAAUGAACCAGCAAUUCAGUUUCAAUUGAUCUGUUACGCCAGGUAACUAUUUCUGCUGUGCCCAAGCCACAAGAUCAGAGUUAUUCAAAUGGCAAAGCACCUUUUUUUUUUUUUUUUUCCCCCUCUCCGUUUUUUUAAAAACUUAUUAGACUCAAUGAGUAACUGGUAAGCUAUCUCCAAUCUGCCUAAUCUUCUACAACCAGCACUUAACUAUGCAGUUCAGAAUAGCUCUUAAUGAAGCUGGGAGCUGGCAGUGGGUGUAUUUAUUACUCACGCUAAUUGUUCUCAACCUAAUAUUCUCACUUGCAUUCAUUUUUUUUUUCUGGCUUUGUCAGUGUGUGUGUCAGACCCUACUAAAUGUUCCAAAUAGGUGCCCUCUUCAGUGUCCCAUGUUGUCUGGUGCCACUUGCCUGCAGCAGUGAAGGUGAUCUGAACCACCGGCCCCUGCACCAGCUCACCGUGCUGUGCUGGGCUGUCAUGCUAGUGACGGGUCCGCGGGCCAGCUCUGUCCCACUUGAGCUAGGGAACGAAAAGGUAGUGUGCAAUGGUAACUACUAAAUGUCAGUGAAAGAAGGGCAACAACUGUAUAGGACAGAAAAGAACCAACUUUCAUGACAUAAAAAUGGUAAUAGAAAUGGAGCAUUUUUAAGCAGUUCUGUCUCUUUAUUUAAAAAAAAAAAAAAAAAGAAAAGAGAAAGCUGGGCAUCCUUCAGCCUGCCCUUGAGUUCUGAAUGUAAAUACAAUAGUGCUAACAAAUCCCUCAUUCUCUCUGGCUUCUCCCAGAGAUCCAGCUAUGGUCUUAUGGGCUAGACUUUGUUUAGCCUGACCACCAUGCACCUUAAGAGAGGAUUAUGAGGGACCACGUGUGAGAACUAUUCUUACAACUCAAGACUAAAAGACCCCCAAAUAAUCUGAUAAAUGUCCUUUAAUAUUAGAAAAAAAACAUUAUUCCACUACGGUUGCUUCUGAGCAGCACAACAUAGACUUGAAGAAAACUUCAGGGUAACUUGAAAUUCUCAUUCUGUAGCGUUCCUAUGGGAGGAAAAUGAGUUAGGGCUCUUCCCAGAGAGUGAGAGGUAACCCUCUGAAAAAUGGGAGGUGUAGAAGAAGGGGGCCCACAUUAUGAUUAUUUAAAAAGGAAGGGGGGAACCCAACCUGUUGUACUACUAUGCAAAAUUGAUAACGGCAUGUUAAUUUGAAAUUCUAACAUGAUUUUAAAAGGGGGUAAAACAGCUAAAACAGAGCAGAACAAGUUUUGCCUUUAGAAACUGUAAUCUUAAAACAAAUGCACUAGAAAGAGAUGUUAGCAUACAUCUCAUUGGAGGCCAGAACAGUAGAAAAACUAUAGGGUCGGAGGAGAAAGGCUUUGUAUAAAGGUUGGAAAAGAAAGGUACUUUGGUUACCGCUAUUGCUACCACCUGGCUUCAGCAGAGGUCAGCAAUAUGUGUGUGAUGGAUGGAGCAGUAUAGGUGCAUUUAUUGUAAAUAAAGUACAUAUUUUCAUUUUUAGCCAAUAUCUUCCUGACCGAGAUAGAGCAAUUAUUCUGUGGCAGAACGCAUUGUCUUUUUCUUUAUUAACACAUAUAAUUAAGUACAAAAGAGGUUGAGGGCACAGGAUUUUGAAACCAGUUCCAGGCCUUUAGCUUGUUUCCAAAUCGGUGAGGUGAUCUCCUGGAAGAUGCUGUGGUUUAAUUAGGGGGGAGGGCAUUUCAAGGAGACUUUUCCCUUUCCUUGUUUUGUCUUCAUGGCAAACACUUGGAAACAUCUAUGGCUCAACAGUGCUUGUCACCCGGUUGUGAAAAAGAGUGUUGUUAUCUCUAAGACACUUUUAAUUUUUAGUCCUCCAAAAGCUUUGCUAUUUUUUGGUUUUUGUUUUUUUAACCUUUAGGUAAUGUGCCUUCACCGUUCAUAUCUGUGAAGAUGUUACAUGCCACAUGUGCAUGUGAUGCAAGUUUUUCAUGGCUCUUUAAGAAAUAUGGUUGCCUUUCCAAAUGCAAUUGCAUUGGCAAAAUAUGCAGAGCCACUAAGCCACAACUUCCAGCAGGUGGUUUUUGUUGUGCAGGGAGGAAAAAGGCCAGGAGACAGUACUGAAAAUCAAGAGACUAUUUUUAUUCUUAAACCUGUAGCCACUGGCCUUUUGAGCAAAGUAGCCUCUAAUAAAUCUUAUUUUCUCUAGAUUACUUCUGAUUCUAUGAGGAAUGGCCUCGGCAAAGUAGUGUCUAAAAAGAUCUGUUCUUUUUUCCUUCUCUCUUUAAACGGUUUUAGUCCUUUCCUAUUGUAUUUUUAAAAAUGUUGGAAUAUAUUAUAUGUAUUUUGUUGUUGUUGUUGCAAAAUAGCUGGCUCUAACACCACUUGCAUCUAGAAGAAAAUGUAUCUAUUUGCAGGCAAAUAACUAGUUCUACUUUGACUGUGAUGUACUCCCAGCAGAUAUCUGAGAGUGAGUUAUGACUACAUCUUCUCUUGUCAGGUUGUAUGCUGGUCAACAAUGCUGGCACUUUGCAUCAGAUUGAUAUAGAAACCCCUUGUAGUAUUUUACCAUACAUCACAUUUUGUGUUACUAUUAAAAAAAAAAAAAAAAAAAAGGCAAAACGUGGCAGGAGUCAAUAAACACUGGGUCAUGUUAAA